AGACGGUGCGCGGGAAGGGAACUCAAGUGUUCGUUCGUAGUGACUGGGAUUCGCUGUGGGUCAGGUCUGGUCCGGGUAUGGUUGCAAAUUAGGUUCAAGUUCAGUGCUGGUGAACCAUGAGGUGCCUGAUCACCGGCGGCAACGUGAAGGUGCUGGGCAAGGCUGUCCAUUCGCUAUCCCGAAUCGGGGACGAGCUCUAUCUGGAACCCUUGAAGGACGGGCUCUCGUUGCGGACUGUGAACUCUUCCCGUUCUGCCUAUGCCUGCUUUCUCUUCGCUCCACUCUUCUUCCAGCAGUACCAGGCAGCUUCCCCUGGUCAGGACCUGCUGCGCUGUAAGAUCCUGAUGAAGUCCUUCCUGUCCGUCUUCCGCUCUCUGGCGAUGGUGGAGAAGUCUGUGGAGAAGUGCUGCAUCUCACUCAGUGGCAGCAACAGCCACCUGGUGGUCCAGCUCCACUGCAAGUAUGGGGUCAAGAAAACACACAACCUCUCCUUCCAGGACUGUGAGUCCCUACAAGCUGUCUUCAACCCAGCCUUUUGCCCCCACCUGCUCCGUGCCCCAGCACGGGUUCUGGCAGAGGCUGUUCUGUCCUUUCCCCCUGCGCUGACUGAGGUCACACUGGGCAUUGGCCAUGGCCAGCGGGUCAUCCUGCGCAGCUACCAGGAGGAGGAGGCAGAUAACGCCAACAAAGCCAUGGUGACUGAGACCAGCAUUGGAGAGGAGGACUUCCAGCAGCUGCAGGCCCCAGAAGGGAUAGCUGUCACCUUCUGCCUCAAGGAAUUUCGGGGUCUCCUGAGCUUUGCAGAGUCGGCAAACUUGUCUCUUAGCGUCCACUUUGAUGUUCCAGGCAGGCCAGUCAUCUUUACCAUUGAGGAUUCUUUGCUGGACGGCCACUUUGUCUUGGCCACACUCUUAGAACAAGACCCAUGUUCCCAGGACCUGUGCUCCCCAAAGCCCUGCCAGCCAGUGCCUCAGGAGGCUCACAGCACACCCCCCUUAGAUGACUUUACCAAUGAUGACAUCGACUGUUACAUGAUUGCCAUGGAAACCACCGUGGGCAGCGAGGGCUCCCGGGCGCAGCCUUCCACUUCCCUCCCCCGCGCCUCCCAGCCCUCCCAUGACCUUGCACCCUCCUCAGAGGAAGAGGAGGAAGCUGAGCCCAGUACAGUGCCUGGGACUCCCCCACCCAAGAAGUUUCGUUCACUCUUCUUUGGUUCCAUCCUGGCCCCUGUGCACUCCCCACAGGGUCCCAGCCCUGUGCUGGCUGAAGACAGUGAUGGUGAAGGCUGAACUUGAGAAACUGAAGCCUAUAUCCAAUGGCCCAUGGACCAGAAGCAGGCCCAGCCAGUGGCAGGGCUGGUCCUCAGUCCCUGGGCAUGGAAAAGGGGCUAUGCUUAGGGUAGGCCCCACUUAGCUAUCUCAGAGCUGCCUAGGCUACCACGCUUGGUCUAUGUUCUAUAUUAUUCACUCAACUGUGUCAAUCAUGUCUCUUUCUGGUGCCCAACUGCCACCAGAUAGGUUCCUCACCUCUUUCUUACUGUAGAGCCACAGGCCAUGCCUUCCUCAGGCUUGCCUGCCUCUUUAAAAAGUGCUAGUUACCCUCUGCCAAUCAUGAACUUCCUAUCAAACCUCUGGGACCUUCUGUGGUUGGUAGGAACGAUUUCUCUUGCUUUCCCAAUACUUGGGCCUUGGCUUGGCAUCCUAAUAGCCUCUAGACCUGAGCAUGCCAGUGGGGUUGCCCUGGCUGGGCCCAUGUCCAGCCAGUCAGUCUGCCUCCCCAGGUGGCUUCGUACCAAAGGGCUGCUGGCCCACUGUCUGGGAUGAGUG